AUGUCUUCUCUUAACUUCAAUAAAAAAACUGAUAUUAAUAUCAAGCUAGAAAAUGAAAAAACUAAUAUCAAGUUAGAAAAUGAAGAUAUCUUGCCAACCACCAAAAAAUUAAAAAUAGAAAAAUCAGAUGAUACUGUAAUCAUUGAAAAUUAUAAUUUGGAAGAAGGAAUUCAAUAUAGAUUGAGAAUGAAAAACGUACCCAAAUUUGCAUCUGUAAAGAUGAUCAAAGAUUUAUUAGCAAAGAAUGGUUGUGGAAGUCUCAACGUUAAAAAAUCUCCAAAGUGGAACUAUUGUUUUGUACAACUUAAAUCAAGAGAACAACAAUUAGAGGUUAUCGAAAAAUUGAAAGAUGUGACUUUGAAAAAUAAAGCCAUAGUUGUGACAGUUGAUAAUAUAACAGAAAAAGAGCGUCAACUUUUAUUUGAUAAUAAACGAGAAGCAAAUAAAGAACGUUUUUUAAAUGAACAAGGAGAACAACGUUCGCCCGAAGAAUUGCUUGCAGAUCAAACAACUCCUUUGCAUCGUCUUCCUUAUUCCGAGCAAUUAAAGUUUAAAGAUGAUGGUAUUAAAAAAUCUCUUUCAACAUUCCGUAAUAAUAUUAAAGAAUUAACCAAAGAUCGUUACCGACCCAAAUGGGUAGCUGAAGAAGUAGAAUCAAAUCUUCCAUGUGAAGUUCGUACAAUUAUUUCAUCACCAAUUCUCGAAGGAUAUCGGAACAAAUGUGAAUUCACAAUCGGAAAAAAUCUUAAUGGAGAAAAAACAGUCGGAUUCUUAUUGGGAGCAUACAAGGAUGGACUUAAUACUGUCUUGGAACCCGAAAAAUCUCUGAAUGUUAGUGAAGUUGCAAAAAAAAUCGCAACUGCUAUGCAGGGUUUGACUGAAGAUCAAAUUAACAAAGAAAAGCUUUCAUUGGCGGAAUAUUUUGAGUCACUUGCGAAAGAAGAACAAAUUAAUUUGAAAUCACUUCUAGUGCAAGUAUAUGAUGGAGUUAGUGACUGUAUUUCUGACAAAUAUCCUUAUGAAGUUAUUUCUGGUGAUUCUUUUAUCCACGAAGAAAUGAUGGGUUGCAGGUUUCGCAUUUCUCCAAGGGCAUUUUUCCAGACAAACACCCUAGCAGCGCAAGUAUUAUAUGAAAAAUGUUCAGAAUAUAUAAAAGAUCUUUGUAAUCCCGAUAAACCACCUCCAGUCUUGAUAGAUAUGUGUUGUGGAACUGGAACUAUUGGAAUUUGUCUGUCCAAAGCUUUAGGAAAUAAAAUUGAAAAAGUUAUAGGCAUUGAAAUUUGUGAAGAGGCUGUGGAAGAUGCAAAAAUAAAUGCCACAUUGAAUGAAAUAAAGAAUGCGGAAUAUAUCCUUGGUCCAGUUGAGAAAAAUUUGCGGGCUUUAAAUAAUUAUAAUAAUUCGACUGCAGGAACAGUCAUUGCAAUAGUUGAUCCACCGAGAGCUGGUAUCCAUAAGAAUGUAAUUAAAGCUUUGAGAAAUUGUCAAGCUAUUGAUUAUUUCUUAUACAUUUCAUGUGAUUAUAAUUUGGCAACUCGAAAUUUUAUAGAUCUCUGUAGACCAUCUACAAAUGCAUUUACUGGAAUUCCGUUUAAACCAGUUAGAGCAGUUGGAGUAGAUUUAUUUCCACAUGCUAAACAAGUGGAAUUACUAAUUGAGUUUCAUAGAGACGAUUAUUAUUCUUCAACAAACGAAAGUUAA